AUGCAUCUGCGCUUCCAGUUUACUAUCCAAGCAUCCUGUACUUCCCUUCAAAUCCGUGACGGAAACGAGAAAAUAAAUUUCUUUACUCCCGAUUCGCGGACAUUUGGUAAAGAGAGCAUGUCGCCUGCUUCACCUCUGCCGGCCGGCUCCAAGCUCUGGGAAUACAAGCUACUUGACCUAGGCACCCUCGACAUCGAUGCCUCAUACGUUCUUUCCGGCGCCAACGUCCCGUCCAGUGGCCGGCCAACUCAGGUUCACGAGAGCCGGCCAUGUCUGAUGAUCGCGGCGCUGCUCUACCAUCCAAGCACGGGCCUCAUCUUGUUUGACACUGGGUCCUGUGAAGAUAUUAUUCAGUCGUGGGAUCGGGAAUUCUUAGAAUGUGCACCUCGCUUGUGGGAGAAGGGAAUCCACUCCCUUCCGGCCGCAAUCAAAGCCACCGGGGCCGGAGAGAUCACGGACGUCAAGGCCGUUGUGAUGAGCCAUCUGCAUCUUGAUCAUGCUGGAGGACUGGAGCAUUUCUUCCAAACAGAUGUGGAGAUUUGGUGCCACGAGACAGAACUCAAGAACGCUUUCUGGGCCUCCGCAACAGGCACUGACAGCGGACUUUUUCGACCGGAUUACCUGCGCGCUGACAUCUUGAAUUGGAAGACGGUGGCAGAGGAGGUCGUGGAGCCGUGGCCCGGGGUCGUUCUGCACCGGUGUCCGGGACAUACCGAAGGGCUGCUGGUGGUUGAGCUGGCCCUGCCGGUUUCUGGCACGGUGGUGCUGACAGGAGAUCUCUUCCAUGUGAAGGAGAACUACGAGGAUGGGAAACCUCAGGGGUUUCUGAUGAGGGAUUACAAUGUGUGGCACCGAAGUAGAGAUUACGUGCACAGGUUGGUGCAACGCACUAAUGCUAGGGUUUGCUUGGGUCAUGAGAAGAGCUACUUUGACCGAUUCCCGGAAGCCCCUGGAUUCCUGGAAUAA